AUGGAAGACGACAUGGUCUCCGGCAUCUACUCGUACAACGCAUACCCCUCCCCGCCCCCGCGCGUCCUGUCGAUCAUGUCACUCGGGCUCGACUCGCGCCGCCGAGAGCGGAAUCACUACAUCGACGCGCGCAUCGAUCAGCGAAUUCGCCAAUUCGAAUCCCUCCCCUCCAUAAUGACCUACAGAGCUCCUCGGACGAGGUUGCGCGCAUCGAUUCUGGUGUUGCCUAUGCACGGGUCGCUGCUGCGGCUGGGCCGGACAGACUCCGAUGGGCGGGAGAGGCAUCCAGACGGCGGUACGCCGGCGGUGCCUACGGCUCUCCACCUUAUCGAUCUCGUUGGCUACAACAAUGAUUUCGACGCGAAACGUCGCAAGAAGGGGAUUGAGCUCCCGACAGGGCUCAAGGAGCAGCUGAAGAGGUCUUAA